UUUGUUGUGGCGAGUAGGAAAGGAGCGUGAAGAAAAAGAGGAAAAAAAAACCAAUGGCUGUGUCAUCUGAGGAUGCUGACUUCAAAUUGAAGGUUGACCAGGCCUGUCUAGCUGCAGAAGAAUUUUCUAAGCUGUACUAUGAGACAUUUGACAAGAAAAGACACCUGGUAAGUAAACUGUAUAUGGACACAGCUGUCCUAGUGUGGAAUGGUAACAGUAUCACAGGAAGCACCGAGAUCGUCAAAUUCUUUGAGAACCUUCCAUCAUCAGAGCAUGUCCCAGAAACAUUAGACUGUCAGCCAUUAAUAGAUCAGUUGACGCCUGGAAAGCUCACAAUCAUCGUCACGGUUUCAGGAUCGUCCAAGUACCAACAUAACAAAGCCACGACUUUCAUGCAGAACUUCACUUUAACUUCUGUCAAUAAUGUAUGGAAGAUUGUAUCCGACUCCAUACGCUUUCAGGAAUAACAUUUCAUGACAUCUGACAUUUCAUGAUAUCUGACAUUUCAUGAUAUCUAACUUUUCAUGACAUCUUACAUUUCGCUUUUUGUAUAGUCAUAAGUCAUAUGUACAGUCCUUUCAUAAUUCAUCUGCAUCAGUGUUAAGUGUAAAUUGUGUAAAAUUCAUAAAUAAACAAGAGAAAGAUGA